AUGGCACUCUUUCUCUUCGUCAAGGGUACAUUAGAAAUUAUGGUACCUGAAUGGAUAUUAGAAAAACGUCACAAUGGUGAACAAGCAUGUGUAUGGACAUUAGGUAUUUCUCUUUAUUUUCUACUUUUUCAACAAUAUCCAUUUCGCUCAAAAGCGGAUAUUAUUAAUGAUUGCUCACAGCUACUAUUUACGAGUUCGACAGACGAACAAGCAUAUCGUACCAUGCGACAAUGUUUAAAUAGGAUUGGAUAUCGUCGUCCAAAGUUAAAUAAUCUUCUACAAUUGUCAUGGCUUAGAUGA